GGCUGAAGCAGCAGCUGCAGCAGCAACAGCAACCGCGUUGGCUGCAAUGAAUGAUCCCUCAGCUGGGGAGGAGGACUCCAGGUGAGCCUCUGCCCUCGGGAGAGCCGGGACCCUCGGCUGUCCAGGACCCACAGUCUCCGCUAUGGAUCCCUAGAGGAAGGAGGAGGCGGAGAAGACAGCUCUGCUGCCCACCCCCAUCCCAUUUUCUUCUUCCUUUAUCUCAUUGUUGCCGUGCUGUUUACGCAGCGCUCCCUCUGCCCCAGCAUGGGGCGGGCUCCAGUCACUGCCUUCCAUCCGGCAGUGUACCCGCUGUUCCCACGGAUGCCAAGGGAUUCUGCCUAAUUCUACCUCCCUAGCCGGUGCUGCGAGGACCGAAGAGCAGUGGAGGCCCGGACUGCAGUAGCGGCGGGGCCACCUCCCAGCAUCCCCACCCUAGGAAGCUGCAUGCAGAUAGAAGAGCGGCGCCUGGGGGCUGGGCUGGCCCCGCGGAUCCGGACCUAGGGAGGAGGACAGAAAGACCUCCCAGGCUGCUAAGGGGGGCCGGGACAGGAAAAGCAGAACAGCAAGAUGGCCAGUAAAACCAAGGCCAGUGAGGCUCUCAAGGUGGUGGCCCGGUGCCGCCCCCUCAGCCGGAAGGAGGAGGCUGCUGGUCAUGAGCAGAUCCUGACCAUGGAUGUAAAGCUGGGCCAGGUGACCCUGCGCAACCCCCGCGCUGCCCCGGGGGAGCUGCCCAAGACCUUCACAUUUGAUGCCGUGUAUGACCCCAGCUCCAAGCAGGCAGACCUCUAUGAUGAAACUGUGAGGCCGCUGGUAGACUCAGUGCUUCAGGGUUUCAAUGGCACGGUGUUUGCCUAUGGCCAGACAGGUACUGGCAAGACUCACACCAUGCAGGGUACCUGGGUGGAACCUGAGCUCCGUGGGGUCAUCCCCAACGCCUUUGAGCACAUCUUCACCAACAUCUCCCGUUCCCAAAACCAGCAGUACCUGGUCCGGGCCUCCUACCUGGAGAUCUACCAGGAGGAGAUUCGAGACCUGCUCUCCAAGGAGCCAGGCAAGAGGUUAGAGCUGAAGGAGAAUCCUGAGACAGGUGUCUACAUCAAGGACCUCUCCUCCUUUGUCACCAAGAAUGUCAAGGAGAUCGAGCAUGUGAUGAACCUGGGGAAUCAGACCCGAGCAGUGGGCAGCACACACAUGAACGAGGUCAGCUCCCGUUCCCACGCCAUCUUUGUCAUCACGGUGGAGUGCAGCGAGCGUGGCUCUGAUGGCCAGGACCACAUCCGUGUGGGCAAACUCAACCUGGUAGACCUGGCUGGCAGUGAGAGGCAGAACAAGGCUGGCCCCAACACAGCUGGAGGGACAGCCACACAGUCUUCCGGUGGUAGUGGUGGCAGUGGAGGCAGUGGUGGUGGUGGAGAGAGGCCUAAAGAGGCCUCCAAGAUCAACCUCUCGCUCUCGGCCCUGGGCAAUGUGAUUGCUGCUCUAGCAGGCAACAGGAGCACACACAUCCCCUACCGGGACUCCAAGCUCACCCGACUGCUCCAGGACUCUCUGGGGGGGAAUGCCAAGACCAUCAUGGUGGCCACAUUAGGGCCAGCUUCCCAUAGCUACGAUGAGAGCCUCUCUACACUACGUUUCGCCAAUCGAGCCAAGAACAUCAAGAAUAAGCCUCGAGUGAAUGAGGACCCCAAGGACACACUGCUGCGAGAGUUCCAGGAGGAGAUUGCCCGUCUGAAGGCCCAGCUAGAGAAGAAGGGCAUGCUGGGGAAGCGGCCCCGGAGGAAGAGCAGCCGAAAGAAGAAGGCCGUGUCAGCUCCAGCAGGGUACCCUGAGGGGCCAGUAAUUGAGGCUUGGGUGGCUGAAGAGGAGGAUGACAACAACAACAACAACUGCCCGCCCCAGCCCAUUCUGGAAUCAGCCAUGGAGAAGAACGUGGAGAAUUACCUGCAGGAGCAGAAGGAGAGGCUAGAGGAGGAGAAGGCAGCCAUCCAGGAUGACCGCAGCUUGGUAAGCGAGGAGAAACAGAAGCUGUUGCAGGAGAAGGAGAAGAUGCUGGAGGACCUGUGGCGAGAGCAGCAGGCCACAGAACUGCUCGCUGCCAAGUAUAAGGCUAUGGAGAGCAAGCUGCUCAUUGGAGGCAGGAACAUCAUGGAUCACACCAACGAGCAGCAGAAGAUGUUGGAACUGAAGAGGCAGGAGAUUGCUGAGCAGAAACGCCGAGAGCGGGAAAUGCAGCAGGAGAUGAUGCUCCGAGAUGAGGAGACCAUGGAGCUCCGGGGCACCUACACAUCCCUGCAGCAGGAGGUGGAGGUCAAAACCAAGAAACUCAAGAAGCUCUAUGCCAAGCUGCAGGCGGUGAAGGCGGAGAUCCAGGACCAGCAUGACGAGUACAUCCGUGUGCGGCAGGACCUGGAGGAGGCGCAAAAUGAGCAGACCCGGGAACUCAAACUCAAGUACCUAAUCAUUGAGAACUUCAUCCCCCCUGAAGAGAAGAACAAGAUCAUGAACCGGCUUUUCCUGGACUGUGAGGAGGAGCAGUGGAAAUUCCAGCCACUUGUACCAGCUGGAGUCAAUAACAGUCAAAUGAAGAAGCGGCCAACCUCUGCAGUGGGCUACAAGAGGCCUAUCAGCCAGUAUGCUCGGGUUGCCAUGGCAAUGGGAUCCCACCCCAGAUACCGGGCUGAAAACAUAAUGUUCUUGGAGUUGGAUGUGUCCCCUCCAGCUGUCUUUGAGAUGGAAUUCUCUCAUGACCAAGAUCAAGACCCACGUGCACUACAUAUGGAGAGGCUCAUGCGGUUGGACAGCUUUCUCGAGAGACCUUCCACCUCUAAAGUCCGAAAGUCCAGAUCUUGGUGUCAGAGUCCUCAGCGGCCCCCGUCCUCCACUACACAUGCCUCACUGGCCCCUGCUUCUCUGCGCCCUACAGCAGUGCUAGACCAUGAGUGA